AAAAACAAGCGAACUGCAGAAACGCAAUCAGAGGAAGAGAAGAGACACUGAGGUCGUUGGCGAGAAUGGGAAGAAAGAAGGGGUAUGUUGAGUUCGAGGAGUCGCCGCCGGACGAUUUCGAUCCGGCGAAUCCGUACAAGGACCCGGUGGCGAUGCUGGAGAUGAGGGAGCACAUCGUGAGAGAGAAGUGGAUCCAAAUCGAGAAGGCCAAGAUCAUUAGGGAGAAGCUCCGCUGGUGCUACCGCAUCGAAGGCGUCAACCACCUCCAGAAGUGCCGCCACCUCGUCAACCAGUAUCUCGAGUCCACCCGCGGCAUCGGUUGGGGCAAGGACGGUCGCCACCCAUCUCUCCACGCUCCCAAGGUUGACCCUGUUGAGUCUGAAUGACCUUCCUGUGGACAAUAAUAACAAAAAAAAGGGAAGACCGUUUAUCCAACUGAUCAUAUUGCUGAAUCGGAUAUUGGGUUGGAGAAGUGCUUGUUGCAGUUAUUGUGUUCAUGUUCUUUUUCUUUAGUUGAACUUCCUGCAAACUACAACUGUAUUUUGACUUAGCCUUGGCUAUUUUUCCUUGGCUCAUUAGUCUUAUGUUGUUUGUUACCAUUUAAAUGUAAACAAGCAAGGAAAGGCUAUCAACAAAGUACAUCACAAUCAGAUUAUGAAAUAAGUUUAUUCGUUCCCUGUUGAUUGUACAUGUUAUCCAUUCCGAAUAUUCAAAGUAAGACUCUUUGAAACUCAAA